AUGACCACUAGAUUGUCUAUUGGCUUGUGGAAGGUGAAACACAUGAUUGACAGCAAUGAAAAUUAUUCUAAUUUUUGGCAGGAAUCUCGCGACUUUACCGUAGAAAAUAAUGUUUAUAAAGGACCGGUGGUUUAUAACACAAAUGUCUAUAAAAACCUCGGACAUAUGAUAUGGGAUAAACUUAAUAGUUAUGGAGAUACCAUUGCACGUAUAGAUGCGCAAACGGAAGAAACGAUCACUUAUAAAGAACUACAAGUCAAAACUGUAAAAUGCGCGUUGUGGUUGAAACAACAAGGAAUCGGACGCGACGAUGUCGUCAGCAUAUGCUGCCCCAGCCACAUGAAUUCUAUUGUGCCGUGUUUAUCAGCGACGUACGUUGCUGCGAUUUUUAACGGAAUGGACGAAGACAUGGAUUUGCCAACCGCGUUGCAUUGCAUAAAACUGAUUAAGCCGAAGGCGAUUUUCUGCACCGCGAAGCCUUUAAAUGUAAUUCGUACCGCGGUAACAGAGGCAAAUUACAACAUCAAAGUAGUAGUUUUCGACGAUAAUUCUGACGAGUUUUCGUUCUCUGAUAUCCUGAACGGUUACACCGAUGCGGAAAUAGCAAAUUUCCGAUAUGUCGAGCACGACAUCUUAAAACAAACUGCUUGCAUUGUGCAUUCGUCCGGCACCAUAAAUAUGCCAAAAGGAGUCGAAUUGUCCAAUUCCACUUUGAUGAACUUGGCUAUAAACAAAACUAUAAACAUGAAAAAUUCAGUGUCGUUUUGGUUCACGUCUCUUUAUUGGAUUACCGGAGUAUCUCUGAAUUUGAGAGCGAUCGCGCACGGCGCCAAUGUGCUUUUGUACCCGGUAUUCGACGAGGAAAUGACAUGCGUGAUAAUCGAAAAGUACAAGGUAAACAUAUUGUAUUUAAGCACGAGUAUGAUGACUCGAUUUCUCAAGGCCGGUUAUAUAAAAAACUAUUCAUUACCGUCUUUGAGAAGUAUAAUUAAUGGUGGCGCGAUUCUUAAGUCGAGUGUGCAGGAGGAUCUGAAGAAUCUGUUACCGCACGUCAAUAUACUUCAAUCCUACGGUAUGACGGAGUUCGGUGGAAGCAUAACAUUACAAAAACCAUAUCAUAAGAGCGGAUCUUCUGGCGUGGUGAUCGAUAAUGUGCAACUAAAGAUCGUUGAUUCAGACACCGGCAAGGUUCUGGGUCCGAAUCAGUCGGGUGAGAUAUGGGUGAAAUCGCCAAACAUGAUAAUCCGCUAUUACAAUAAUCCUGAAGAGACGAAAAGAACGAUUGACGAAGACGGUUGGUUUCACACAGGUGACAUCGGGUAUGUCGACGUAGACGGUGAAUUGUUUAUUUUGGACAGAAUAAAAGACAUUAUAAAGUACAAAAUGUAUCCACUCUCACCCAGUGAAAUCGAAGCGGUAUUAAGUAGACAUCCAGCGGUUCGCGAAGUCGCGGUAGUGGGAGUGCCGCACGAUCUCGACACCACUCAUCCGCUUGCUUUCGUUACCAAAAAGCCCGACGCUAAGGUGACGGAAGAGGAUUUAAUCAAUUACGUGGCGAACAACAUGACGGAUUAUUACAAACUUCGUGCUGGUGUCAUAUUUCUGGAUAAAUUUCCAUAUACAGGAUCUGGGAAAAUUUCAAAGAAAGAAGUGAAUGCAAUGGCAAAAAAACUAACUGUAAACGGCCAAGUUAAACAAACGUAG